GUGUUGGCGAUGGCCAGCAACGCCUUCGCUGGCUUCAUCGGUGGUGGCUACGGCGCUGCCGUUACUGGCCUCGCCCCCGCCAGCUACGCCGUUGCAGCCCCGGCAGUGGCCACCUAUCACGCCGCCCCUGCAGUAACCACCGUUCACGCUGCCCCGGCAGUGGCCACCGUGCACGCUGCUCCAUCCGUCGCCACGGUCUCCAGGUUCCAGACCUACCACGCCGCACCAGCCGUCGCUGCCGUGGCACCGGCGGUGGCAACCUACCACGCUCCGGCGCCGGUACUCUCCGUCGCCCCUGCCGUUGCUAGGAUCGCCGCCUAUCACGCCGCUCCGGCCUUCGUUGCUGCCCCGGCCGUGACCCGAGUGCAGACCUACCACGCAGCGCCGGCCGUAGUCGCUGCCCCAGCCGUGACCAGGGUGGUUCACGCUGCUCCUGCAGUAGCCUACGCCGCUCCGGCGGUCACCAGGGUCACCUACGCCGCACCGGCGGUCACCAGGGUCGCCUACGCCGCACCAGCUGUCGCCAGGGUCGCCUACCACGCCGCCCCCGCAGUGGCCUAUGCCGCGCCUGCUGUCACCAGGGUCGCCUACCACGCCGCCCCUGCCGUCGCAACAGUACACGCAGCUCCAGCCGUUGCUGUGGCAGCCCCAGCCGUGACCAGGGUGGCCGCCUUCCACGCAGCUCCAGCUGUGGUGGCUCACGCUCCAGCGGUGACGACCUUCCACGCCGCGGCACCAGCGGCAACAGUCACUCGUGUUGACACGGUGCACCACGCGGCCCCGGCCGUUGCAACCGUGGCGGCUGCCCCCGCUUUGGUUGCGGCUGCUCCGGCCGUAGCCGCUGUGGCUCCUGCCUACGGCGUCAGUCACUACGGCGUGGGAUACGGGCUUCUGCCCACGUAUGGUCUCAACUACAAGUACGGCCUAGCUGGCCUCGACUACGCCGCUCUUCUGCGCAAGAAGAAAUAAACAAAGGCGGAGUCCCAGCAAAUCAUCUUCCACUGCACCUAAAGCAAGUGCCAUGGUUGACAUCUCUUGCACUGUUGUACAGAUUCCAAAUAAAAUUUUCGUUGAAAAA